AUGUUUGCUAAGCCUCAAUUGGGCCUUCUGAGGCCCUCGUACUCAGCGCCCUCUUUUGCAUACUUCUCACCGUUUGCGCGAUGUUUUUCAACGACGUCACCAGCUCUGGACUGGCUUACUCCAAAGUACAUGGAGAAGUCAAAGUCUCCCAAGGGUCGCCCGAGGAUGCACACCGGUGGCUCGACUCGAGGUACUACCGUUGUUUGGGGUGACUACGGCCUGCGUAUGAAGGACCAUGACCGGCGAGUGUCUGCAGCUCAGCUAAAGCUCGGCGCGGAGACGAUCAAGCAGCGAUUACGAGGAAUGAACUACAAGCUGUAUACGAGAGUCAGCGCCAACAUCGGCGUCUAUACGAAAGGAAAUGAGAUGCGAAUGGGUAAAGGAAAGGGAAAAUUCGACUACUGGGCGGCAAGAAUUCCUGUCAGUAGGAUUGUUUUUGAACUGAAGGGUGACUUGCACGAAAAAGUGGCUCGGGAAGCAUUCAGAUUGGCUGCUCACAAACUGCCUGGGCUGUGGGAGUUUGUGAAGAAGGGUGAUCCGCCAGUCGUUGGUAUAACAAAAUUGGGCAAUGGCGUCACGUUGGAGAGCCUCAAGAAACCGCGCAGAGCAGUACCUCUCCCCAUGCCGAAUUCAGCCAACUCGAAUUCAACCACCUCGAAUUCAACCGCCUCGUCACAAACCGCCUCUUCCAGCACGUCUCCUGCUCAAUAA